AUGUAUUUGGGGAUCUUAUGGAAUUUGGGUAAUGCUUGGAGUGCAGAAACUUGGGGUGAAUGGUUUUCAUAUCGACUUCGGGAAUCUUGUGGGAAUGUGGACUUUCCGGACCGUUUCGGAGUGUGUGCGGGUAAUGCCUGGAGUGUAGACUUUCGGGAUCGUUUCGGAGUGUGUGCGGGUAAUGCCUGGAGUGUAGACUUUCGGGAUCGUUUCGGAGUGUGUGCGGGUAAUGCCUGGAGUGUAGACUUUCGGGAUCGUUUCGGAGUGUGUGCGGGUAAUGCCUGGAGUGUAGACUUUCGGGAUCGUUUCGGAGUGUGUGCGGGUAAUGCCUGGAGUGUAGACUUUCGGGAUCGUUUCGGAGUGUGUGCGGGUAAUGCCUGGAGUGUAGACUUUCGGGAUCGUUUCGGAGUGUGUGCGGGUAAUGCCUGGAGUGUAGACUUUCGGGAUCGUUUCGGAGUGUGUGCGGGUAAUGCCUGGAGUGUGGACUUUCAGGACCGUUUCGGAGUGUGUGCGGGUAAUGCCUGGAGUGUAGACUUUCGGGACCGUUUCGGAGUGUGUGCGGGUAAUGCCUGGAGUGUAGACUUUCGGGACCGUUUCGGAGUGUGUGCGGGUAAUGCCUGGAGUGUAGACUUUCGGGACCGUUUCGGAGUGUGUGCGGGUAAUGCCUGGAGUGUAGACUUUCGGGACCGUUUCGGAGUGUGUGCGGGUAAUGCCUGGAGUGUAGACUUUCGGGAUCGUUUCGGAGUGUGUGUGGGUAAUGUAUGGGGGUGUGAAAUUUGA